AUGGAGACACUGUGCCCCGCAUCCCGCCAUGCAGUGCCGACGUCCCCGCGAGGGUCUCCCUGCUCUCCCGCGUCCCGGAAGCCGCGUCGGGGGACCCAAGAGUUCUCGCCGCUGUGCCUGCGUGCUCUCGCCUUCUGUGCCCUUGCCAAGCCCCGGGCGCCCCCUCUGGACCUGGAGCCGGGGGAGCUGGUGCCGCGGCCACCCGUGCUGCUGGGCCCUCACGCCCCCCUCUGCGCGGGAGGCUGGUCCCCGGAUGGCCUGAAGCACCUCGGGGGGCCGGCCGGGCAGUGUAGCGAGCCGAGCUCCCCCGCCAGCGAAGAUGCUGCCGUGGUACGGGACCGCGGUGAGGAGGAAGAGGGCGGAGGCCGUUUCCCGCACUUGGGCACUCGCUCCUGCGCACCUACGGCGCGCGGCCCUGCGCCCCGGCGCUCUCGGGAACCGCCGGCCAACACCGCCCUGGCUCCUACUAGGCCAGCCCCGGCGUCCGAGUCCCAGCUCGGCCGCGCUGCCUCCCCGGCUCAGGAGCCCGCUACCCCACUUUCCCCAACACCUGCGGGCCUUUCCAUCGAAUCCACGGGUCCGGAACUCGCGCCGGAGCCGCCCCUGACGGACCUAGCGGCCACAGUCGACGAAACACCCCCGAAGGCCGCUGCCGCCAACCCCUCGACGGCCGACGGAGCUCCGACAGCGCCUAGCGACCUCCGCCAGGAACAUUUCGAUCGUCUGAUCCGCCGGUCAAAACUGUGGUGUUACGCGAAGGGCUUCGCCUUGGACACGCCGAGCUUGCGUCGGGGGCCCGAGCGGCCGCCAGGGAAAGGGCCUACCCGGGGGGCAGCCAAGAAACGCCGGCGGCCGCCGCCUCCCCCGCGACCCGCGCAGCCCCGACGCCCAGCCCCGACGCUCCCCACCACCAGCACCUUCAGCCUCUUGGAUUGCUUCCCCUGCCCUGCAGCUCUGGUAGUGGGGGAGGACGGAGACUUACGGCCUGCGUCCUCACUUCGCCUUCAGGGAGACUCUAAGCCCCCCCCUGCCCACCCGUUGUGGAGGUGGCAGAUGGGAGGCCCCGCUGUCCCUGAGCCCCCGGGCCUCAAGUUCUGGGGGAUCAACUUGGAGGAACUCUGA